AUGUCGUUCUGGCCAAUUGGGCAAAGUGUGAAUAAUUCCAAAAUCAACCGACUGUUGGACGAUUACUUUCGUGUACUGCAUUCGUUGGAAGAUGAGAAAGUGGCACCCCAGACUGAUAAUGUCGGUGUUGAUGUAGGUGGCGCGAACGUAUCGAAAGAAGCUAAUACACAAGGACAGGACCGCGAGGAGCGAGUAACUACUGCAGUAGAAGCCGGCGAAGGAGAGAAGAAAGAUGAGAUCGAUUAUGAAGAUGGGCAUUUUCGGCCGGAGCAGGGGGAUGGCAAUCCUUGGGGCCGAAAUUAUGGCGAGACAUUAUUACGGCCUGGAUUUCAGGAGCGGAAUAAGUCCGAGCCUGAAUCAGUGGCUUCUAUGAUAAGUAUACCGUCUACUACAUCGUCUCCGGUAUCUAUAUCCGGAAAUGAUGCCUAUAACUUCAAUGCUUCUGUUCCGUUGACGAAGGAAUCAUUGAACUGCUCCUUUAUUGAUGAUAUAUUGAAGGAAAGUGAAAUUAUUAACGAACUUGUAAGACAAAACAACACAAUUUUGGAUUUUUUUUGUUUUGGCUACUUCUUUGACGCACAAGGCAAUCGUGUUGAGCAUAUUGAUUAUUUGAUUGAUCAGCUGCUGUUUAGUAUUGAUAGAGUUAAUGAAGAUAGUCCGGAAAUAGGGAACACAACUGUGUCUUCUCAGCGGCAGCAUGAUCAUGCAAAUCAUUCGCGGAACAUGAAUGCGGAUGAAGACUCACCGGAUGGCGUUAAUGAAAAUGAUUCUGCAGAGGGUUCUUCUACUGAUAAUAAUGAGGAUUCUAUAAUUCCACUCAUGUACCAAAAUGAAUUUAACUCCUCCUCUCACCUCUACAGGGCCAAUACGAUUGCGGAAAUAUUUGCAUUGGAUAACUGGCUGAUCACAGAAACCUUUGUAAAGGAUUUCACCCAUCUAACGAAGAUUUGGUCAAUACUAUACCAUAAGGAUUUUAAGGCUGAAAAGUCUCCUCUGGUCCCAAUUUUUUUGAAAAUAAACCAGAACUGGCUUGUCACUAGGCAAGAUCAGUUUCUAAACUUUAUCAGGACUAGGGACACCCUGGUUGAUGAUAUGCUCGCUCAUCUUGAAAUUUCUGUAUUGAUGGAUUUCUUUUUGAAGCUAAUUUCGACUGACAAACAAGAGUCGCCAACUGGUAUAAUAGAGCUCGCCUAUGAACAAGAUUUGAUUCCAAAGCUGUUAGCAUAUUUGGACAAUGAUACAUGCUCAGCAGAUAUCCAAGCAUGUGCAGGCGAUUUUAUCAAGGCUUUGAUAUCUAUAUCAACUAAUGCACCCCUAGAUGAAAUGUCAAUAGGUCCUAAUUCCCUUACUCGAAAACUGUGCUCAGAAGAAUCCGUCAACUGUUUUAUUGAUGCCAUUAUUAACAAACGCGGUUCGGCUUUGACUACAGCAGUUUCAGUUGUUAUUGAACUUAUUCGUAAGAACAACUCGGAUUAUGACCAAAUUAACCUCUUAGCAACAACCGUUAAAUCUCAUCCUCCUUCAAUGAGAGAUCCAGUUUAUUUGGGUACUAUGUUAAGGAUGUUUGCCGAAAAUUUACCUAAACUUCUAAAUUUCUUGGCAGAUAUUGAAAAAAGGGUAAAGGUUGCGAAGAACCAACUGGGUAUGGAUUACAAGCCCCUCGGGUUUGAGAGGUUCAAAAUUGUGGAACUGAUUGCAGAAUUAUUGCACUGUUCCAAUAUGUGUUUGAUGAAUUCCAAAAAGGCAGAACGAAUUGUAAAGGAAAGAGACGAAGUCAGGCAGCACUUGGUGAUGCAAUUGCAAGAUGCGCUAACGGACUUGAACAUGAAUGACAGCAACGUUGACAGUGAGAAAAAUAAUGAAAAAAACUGGCGAGAUUUAUCUCCCACUAAUGAUACCAGCAGCCCGGAAAAUACCGCUUUAAGCGCUAAUACGGACGAUGAUGUCGAUGAGUCUUUCGAAAUCCCCUAUGUCAAUAAAAACCAAAACGCCAAAUUAAGAAAGAAUCCAACAGUCGGUGAUUUUUUUAAGAUACAACUUUACGACACUCAAUUAUUGCCUAAGUUAAUCCAACUCUUUAUGGAGCAUCCAUGGAAUAACUUCUGGCAUAAUGUUAUAUUCGAUAUUAUUCAACAAAUUUUUAAUGGGAGAAUGGAUUUCUCCUACAAUUCAUUUCUGGUUUAUUCCCUUUUUAAAAACAGUAAUGCAGGACAAUUUUGCGGUGAUCCUCCCGCAUCUAAUGGGAAUGAAAGGCAUUUUUACGAUUUCCAAAUUACCAGAGACCUUAUUCUACAAGGAUAUAAAGACUCUCAUGCGUUUUAUGAAGAGUAUAAUACCUCGUUAGGAUACAUGGGUCACUUGGUACUCAUUUCCGAAGAAAUUGUCAAGUUCUCCAAGGUUUACAAAGUGGAAUUAAUAUCACCAGAGAUUCAUGAUGUACUACAAGACCCCGAUUGGAUUUUCUAUUCUGAAGAUGCCUUGAAUGAAACCAGGUUAAUGUACUCGAAGAUUUUGGGUGGCGGUGAAUAUGGCGGUGAUACGCCUAAUAAUAAUAGUAAUGAAAAAGCAGGUACAUUGAAUGCCGAAGAUAGCGAUGCUAUGAUUGUAGGUGAUGCACAGGCUAACUACAAGUUUUCAACUCAAGCUGAUUUGCACAAGAAACUGAAAGAAAAAUUGAUCAAAAAGAGCCAAGAUGCUAUUGACCUCAAAAACAAAGAGAAUGGAGUAAUUAUUUUAGGACCUCCAUGA